AUGAAGAGCAUUUUUCGGAAGAUUGGAGGAAAGAAGAAGCAUGACGAAGAGCGGAAUGCAUUGAAGCCCGACAAUGCCAAAGGAUAUGCUCCGCCAGCAUCGACUCCCCGCCUUGCUCAACAGCCUGCUUCACAAUCCAUUCCGCAAAACCAGAAUUUCGGGUCUUUGGCUUCUCAAAGGCAGAAUCGAAAUGUUCCUCAACGACCUAGCCCAUCUGGAACAAAUACACUUCGUGUCACAGCCUCUUCUCCGCUUCACGACAUUAGCAAGCUACUGACACAACCAGCAUCAACUUCAAUUGACGAUCCAAGAGCUCUGAUCCAGAUUAAACCACGUGCACUUUGCCUGGUAUGCUGUAACUUUGACCCAACCCAAGCUCCACCAGAUGGCAGCUUGCUUCAAAGACCAUGGGCCAAAGCGGAGUACAAUAUCCCGGAUGGAACGCCAUUCGGAAAGGUAGUGGUCGAAAAGUCAGAACAGUUACUUGAGGCUGCCAAAGGCGGAUGUCCCUACUGCGUUAUGGUUGAAUCAAUGCUUGGGGCAUUACAUCCUGGUUGGGAGACCGACAACGCCUUUGUUCAUAUCUUUCUAGCGUCCGGCCUGCCUGUAGUUGUGCGCUUGACCUUUGGUGGAACGUCCACCGUGCCGAUGACGAGAGAACAAAUUCUCGGGCUUGGUUUCGAGUUACCAGAGGGGCGGAAUAUCGGGUACCUCAUCGAGGUUAAGGACCGUUCGAAGCCGCCCAUAGAAGUUGAGAUCUAUCGACCUGUUAUUCCAGAUAACCAGCUCACAGUUGGUGAUCUUGCUUUAGCACCCUUUGUGCAGCAUAUGGGCUUUGCGGAAGAGAUCGCAGAACACUCUGGGGAUCAACAAUGCUUCGACUUCAUCAAAGAGAAGUUGGGGACUUGUAUCAAACAACACAAAUGUGGAAAGGAUGGGGGUCUCCCCGUGCUUCCCGAUCGUGUCAUCUGGAUCGAAGCCAACAAUGCAAGCCGCAUUCAGCUUUUGGAGCCGAAGAACAUUUGUGCACCGUUUAUCGCCCUCAGCUAUUGUUGGGGCCCUGUGGGUCCAAAUACGUAUCUCACAAACGCGCGAAACCUGGAGGCGAGGAAAGCUAGCAUAGAAUUCAAUGAUUUGCCGCCUCUCUUUCAAGACGUGGUCGACGUGGUUCGCUCACUUGGGAUUGAAUACAUCUGGAUAGAUCGACUCUGCAUCAUCCAAGGAGAUGACGAGGACUUUCAUUCCCAGGCGCCGAAGAUGGGAGAGAUCUAUGGAAACGCUACUCUGACUAUUGCAGCAGCUUCUGCUACCACCGAAAAUGACCGUAUCUUGGUUCCAAGGGACGAAAAAUGGUGGCCGUUCGAUCUGAACUUGGAUUUUGAUGGAAUCGGCUCUGUGAAUCUUCGAUUCCGGCGCCGAUCACAUGCCUUGGGCACGGAGGCCUCAGGGGGUGAUUAUGGCAAGAUGUCUACUAGAGCUUGGAUCUGGCAAGAACGUCUCCUGGCUGCAAGGACCGUCUUCUUUACUCCUACAGCACUGAGGUUCGAAUGCCGUUGCCAUUCUUUCUGGGAAGGGUUCUGUAAAGGCCGCACAGGCUUGUCUUGGUCCGCCCAACUCGACAACAUUACACACGUUGCUUGGACAAGAUUGGUCGAGGAGUACAUGGGCAGGGAUAUCACCCGACCUUAUGACCGGCUCCCAGCCAUGGGUGCCGUUAUGAAGCGCAUUGAAAAGAGCACAGGAUGGUCGCCUUUCUGGGGUUUGUGGACAAACGCACUUGCCGAAAGUCUGGCUUGGAAAGCUCGCGCGAGCGGUUCCAGAAACUGUCGAAUGAAUCCAGGCCACUACGCUCCGACUUGGAGUUGGGCCAGUGUGGACGGUCCGAUCUCUUACGCAUCUGCCAGACCACGGGGCGAAUUCGACAAAAACGAUCCAAUACAGUGGGAUCUGGAAUAUCGGGGUCUUAAUGAGGCUUCAGGCUUGAUCAGGGUAUCUGGUUACAUGAUCCUCGUCGAGCUGGACGGUGUAGUCGAACGCAAUGAGUCUCACGGCAACAGUCCUGCCGAGGAAGAGAAAUUCCGGUACAAGUACAAGAUAAAGUGCGAAAAUGACCAAGGCUAUGCAGUUACGCCCGACGUCGCUUUGAAGCCAUGGAGCGGUAACAUCAAUGGCCAUAAUGUGUCGACUGUUGUCCGAGUUCCAUAUGGAGAAACGCCUACAGUGCAAUCUUGGACCGCCCGCUGCGCUUGCCUUUUGGUCGGUAAGUGGAAGUGGAGAUCUCUUGUUCUCUUGUUGGGCCGCUCGAUACGGGAACCUGGUGCCUGGGAGCGGGUUGGACUGGGUGAUGGAACACUGUUACCUUCUAUGUUCUCGACGCGUGAGAGACAGAUUAUCGACAUUGCUUGA